AUGUCGCGCGUACUACCAAAACCAAGUGCAGGCGCGAGCAAACCUGUGGUACAACGAACACAGUCGCGGAAGCUGAAACAGGGCAAUGACGAGCCUUUCUCUGCCACGUCAGCUGCAGACUACUUGUACAAUGCGGACGAAACCUCCGGGCUUUUGUCGUCUAAAAAGCCGACUUUGCUGAAAACCCAGUCGAUUCUCGGGUCGGAGAAUAUCGGCGACUACGCGUCAAAAAAGAUGAUGGGGCUGAUCGUAUUCACCGCCGUCAUGAGCAGUUUGACCAUGGGUCUACUCAUUUCCGGGGCCCAAACUGCCAUGGAGAUAAUACACUUGGCCUUUGAAACCUGCGGAACCGACGCCAAUGGGAAUGUCAUCGUGCAGUGCGACGACGACGGGGAAUUGCUUGGGAAGAAAAAGCUCCUCACGAUACUCGGCGCGGCGUUGAUGCUCACGAUCGGGAUGGUCGUGGUCUGCACCCUUAGCCCGUGGUGGUCCGACUUGCGGGGCCGACGGCAGGCGAUUAUGGAAUUCGCGUUUCUCGGGAUCCUUGCCUACGCCUUCACCGCCGCGUCGGUGAAUUGGCCCAUGUUUCUCGUCGGGCGAUUUCUGUGCGGGUUCGCCACCACGGGCGCGGCCGGGAUCGUGCCGACCUACAUUGCCGAAGUGAUCCCCCCGGUGGUAAGGGGGCAGUAUGGUGCGUGGUUUCAGCUCAUGACGGUUAUCGGGCAGGUGAUCGCCCCAUUGCUGGGCAUGGCGAUGACCACGCAACUGAACUUCGCAAAGGCCGUGCCAAAUGUGACCGUGAUUUCCCCCAACAGCUUCCCCGGGGGCGAAGACCAGUGGAACUUCCAGGUGAAAAUUUGGUGGCGAGUGAUGUUGGCCUUCCCGAUUAUCCCACUAAUCCUCCAGAUCUUCCUCUGUUUGGUGGUGUUACCCGGGAUCGAAUCGCCGAAGUGGCUGAUAACGAAGGGAAAGCUGAAGGAAGCGGCUGGGGUGUAUAAGCAGCUCUAUCCGAAACUGGACGCGGGCGACAUAAACGAAAUCAUCGAAAGGUAUAUAGAGCUAGAAGUGAAAUAGGAUACGUAAAUAGAUUUUUAGUGGCCCACAAUUUUGCUACACCACUGGCUGCCUUAUAAGUCAGACUGGUUCUACUUCUAUUAGUGGGCGCAUCACAGCUUUGGAAAACACAUAAAUGCCAAUGCCAUCCCAUCUCCACUUAAAAACAGGACCCAAGAGCGCACCGGCGAGCACAAGGGCGUGUGCUGGGCACUGUCCUCCAAAAAGUACCGCCGGGGGGUUCUCUUAGGUUGCGGUUUGUCGAUCAUGCAGCAACUCACCGGUAUUAACCUGAUCAUGACCAACGUCAACGACAUUUUCAGCCGCAUCUCCGGCGGCAAGGCGGUUUACUACACGACAGGGAUGAUGGUGUGGAUGCUGCUAGCAACCUUACCCAUGGUUUUCCUCAUCGACCGACUCGGGCGGAAGACGCUCCUUUUGGUCUCCGGAAUCGUCAUGUCGGUAGCGAUGACAACGAAUUUCGCCAUCGAGCUGUACACCACUAGCCAUAAAGAAGAGCAAACUCUCACCCCCGAACAGAAGAACGACUUGUUCUACGGAAAGGGUGAUCUCGCUUCUCACUGGGACGACAUUCUGGUCAUGAUGAUGGUUUUCCUGUACGUCGCGGGCUUCGCGUUUGGGUACGGGGGCGUGAUAUGGGUCUACCUCGGGGAUAUUUACCCGACCGUCAUCGCCGCUUCUUGCUCCAUGGCGGCAAUUCUGUGCAACAACUUAGUACAGAUUCCGAUACUCUUUGUCCUCGGGAUGCUUUCGGACAAGGCGACUGUGUUGUACGGGAUGUUCUCGGUGUUCUGUAUUCUCGCGCUGCUCUUCGUGGUGUUCUUUGUCGUCGAAACGAAGGGGACGGACGUGGAGCACUCGCCGGUGUACGCCGGGGUGGAAUCGGAUGACGAGAACGACGAUAACAAGUUGGUGUCCGCAGCCUCCCAGAACUACUUGCGAAGAAGCACAGACUCGGAGGUCAGGCGAAGAGGAGUGCAGGCCGGAAGUAGUAGGGACCGGAUGGGCAUGGGAGAGAUUUGAAGAAAAGUAAGUAGUGGAUCUGUAGGAUAGAUUUAUUUUCGUUUUUUCAGUUGACUAACAGUGACGAUGCUUGUUGCAAUCUGUAUGAUGCACCAACAGUAAAAAAAAAUGGAAGAUUUUCCAACAUGGUAUAAUUUCUUUAUUUUUUCAUGUUUACGACAAAAGGAAAAGACACAUCGAUCGCACAGUAGUACGUAGUACCGUAUUCCGGGUUGGACGAGGUGAUUUUGGGUUCUUACUGGACCAAUCUUCAAAUCUGCGGUGAGUUUUUAUCUUCAUCGUGUGCGAUUGAUAGUGUCCUGCACCUGCUCACGCGUCUUUGUGUGAUUGUAGAAUGAUUUUUCCAUGAGUAGUACCAAGCCAAGCAAUUCCUUCGUUAAGUAGAUGAACGACGACGACUGAGGACAAGAAGACAGGACGAGGCGCGUGCUGAAUAGUGCAUACUGCAAUCGACUCGUCCAGCACAUUGUCGCAUUUGAUGCGAACGGAAAUAGGAUACGAAGAUCAAGAUUGUCAUAGCUAUAGCACAUUUGCUUGUUAAUGUUGUUUGGAAAAAGCAUCCCUCCUCGUCCGCUCCUUAUCAGGACGAUUGAAGACAUAAAUUGUCUUGUCGUGAGAUCAUUUGCGAAACGACCGCGACCCAAGUCUCGUGGAUCGAGAUGAUCAGAAAGAAAGUCAUCCCCCCUUUUUAAGUAUUUAGUCUUGACCUCCCCCCCCGCCGCUCGGCCGUGGCCGUGCAAGAAAAUUGCAUGAGACAUCCCCCACGGAUUUUUAAGAGAGAUCAUUUGACUGAUGAUGGAGCUCUCCUAUCAUGACAUCAAGACUGCGCCGUUGCAUGGUGAGCAGAGCUUCCGUCUUCAAAGACCUUUCUCUUCCUCGUGACCCGACUUAGCGCCUCACAG